CUAGAUAGCAUGGUUGAAUCAAGAGAUGAAGUUCCUGCGACGCCAAAGGCGACAAAUGGUGAGCCAAUCAAUUGGGCUGAUUUAGUCGACUACGAAGAAACCAAAGCUUCAAAAGGUUCAUCGUUACCUUCUAAUAAUGCAGUAACAGCUUCAAUUCCAGUGCUGAAACCGAAUGAGCAAGACGUUCAAAUAGAGUACAACAACGACGGAGAUAAAGUUGAAACCGAAUAUCGGAUUAAUCCCGAUACGAACAAAAAAGAAAAGGUGGUGACCGUGUACAGGCAAGAAAAGAAGCUGGUAAAUAAAUCAAUUGCAACGAGAAAGAGAUUGGCUAAAUUCGGAGCAUCUGCUGUUGACGAACCUGGUCCAAACAAAGCCACGACGCAGAUAUCAAUCGAAGAAAUAUCAAUGAAGUUCGUGUCAACAAAAGACACAGGCACUCUUGGCGAUGAAGAUGAAAUGGUGAAAUUGCAGAUUGGCGACAAACUGAUUUCGUGUAGACAUUGUGGAGCUACAACUCACUUGUCUGCGCAGUGUACUUUGAAAUCACAAAUGGAGCAAUAUAACAAGCUUUCCCAGGAAAUGUCUGGACAGAAGAAACCGGGCUCUAUGGAACCGGUAGCCAAUGGAAGCUAUGUACCCCCAAGUCUGAGAGGAAAAGCAGGCGCAGCAGGACCCGGUGGUGCUGGAGGAAUGGCGAGAAAUGACCAGAAUUGCAUUCGAGUUUCCAACCUUCCCGACUUCGUGGACGACAUGUACCUGAAAGAGCUGUUCAAACAGAAAGGAAGCAUUGAGAGAGUGUUCUUGGCUAAAGAUCGAACCACCAAAGCCAGUAAAGGCUUCGCGUUUGUGACAUACAGAGAGAGAAGUUCAGCAGAAGCUGCAAUCGAGACCUUCAACCGACACAGAUUGGGGUGUUUAAUCUUGAGCGUCGAGUGGGCACAGCCUUCCACACGUUAAAAUUAUUAAUAUGCAAGUGUGGAUUUUUUAUAUUAAAAUGAAUUGCUGUUCAGCUUAACGAAGUAUCGGGUAUUCAUUGUUGUAAAUGGAAAUGGCAAUUUAAUUUUCAUUACGCGG